AUGUAUGCUUCCACGGCUCUUCUCAUCUUGGCAGCUUUAUGUUUCGGACAAGUCACCAGCAAUGGAAAAGGAUUUGCAUGUUCAAACUAUAAAAUGGACCCGUACCGGAAGCUAUUUCUCGACUUCCACAACGGUGCUCGUCUACGAGUUGCCAAAGGUAUCGAGCCGAAAAAUGGAGGCUACCUGAACCCAGCUAAGAACAUGUACAAAUUAAUUUUCAUUGCAGAAACAAACAAAAAAUGCCCGAAAAACCAUGGAAUGACAGACUCAGUCAGGGAAACAUUUCUUACCAUGCACAAUAAACUCAGAUCAAGCCUUGCACUUGGUCGCGAGCCAGAUGCACUUGGGGGAAAUGCACCAUGGGCGGCUCGAAUGCCUAGAAUGGUUUACGACUGCAAAGUGGAGGCAUCAGCUCUGAGAAAUGCAUUACGAUGUGUCUACGGCCACUCUAACGAUCGAAAUGGACUCGGAGAGAAUAUCUACCGGACCACGGCUCUGAACUUUGACAAGAACAAAGCGGCAAAAGAGGCUUCACAACUUUGGUGGGAUGAGCUAAAAAAAUUCGGUGUCGGCAAAUCGACGAACCUCACUGAAGAAAUGUGGUACCUGAAAGGUGGAAAGAUUGGUCAUUACACUCAGAUGGCAUGGGAUAGAACUCGAAAAUUAGGAUGUGCAGUUACACACUGCAAUCAUAUGACAUACGUUGUAUGUCAGUAUGGACCAGGAGGUAAUUAUAUGAAUAAGUUAAUCUACUCAGUUGGCGCUCCAUGUUCCAAAUGUCCACCAAAGGCAAAAUGCGAUAGGAACGAAGGAUUGUGCUAUUUUGCUUGA